UAGUUCACAGAGAGAGGGAGUAAAAAGAGGAAGAUCAGCAUGUUUGCAUGUUUGACACAUUACAGUAUAUUCAGAUUAUAGUGAGUUGGAAGAGACAAUGAAAGCAUCACUGAUGGUCAUCAUCUACCUAAUGAUGGUUGGUGCAAUUUCAGAGACUGUGGACAGAAAUAAAGGAGAUCCUGUCAACAAUAAAUGUGCUAACGUGCCAGUGUGGCAGAAGCUUCGUGUUGGAGACUCUGUUACCAUCAACUGCACGUACACGAGAGAGGGAGAAAGUGCAAUUAAACAGUUCUGCAGAGAAGACAGAGACUCACAGUGCACAAAUGUGAUAUCAACGCAUGUUUCAAAUUGCACACAAUUAGGCAGGUUCACAUUGACGGACUAUAAACGGAAAGGAGUCUACACUGUGGUGAUUACCGCACUGAACCAAGAAGACAAUGGAAUAUACUGGUGCGCUGUGCAAAAAACCCUAACUGGUAACACUCUCACAUGUCUGUCCAGGAUCCAUCUCCAUAUUAGAAACAGGGAUGAUGUUACACAACAAGUAAAGUGUCAAAUUGGGAGAACUGCAUUGAUUACGUGUUCCUACCCACCUAACCACACGAACAACACAAAGUGCCUGUGCAAGGGGGAGAAUCCUUUUGAUUGUUUGGAGUUAAUACACACAACACAUGCCAGUGGCAUGUCUGAAGGCAGGUUUCCUAUAAGGGACAACAAAAGAAAGAAUUACUUCAAUGUGCACAUCACAAAUGUGAUGACAGCCGACGCUGGGACGUACUGGUGUAUCUCUGAUAGGAAAUGUCACAGCAAUGGAUGCAAAGAAAUCCACCUUUCUGUGGAGGAAAACCAAGCCAAAAACAAAAGGUGGACAACUCAGUGGACAACUCAGUGGACAACUCAGUGGACAACUCAGUGGACAACAGCAGCAACCAGCCUCCAUGUUGACCGGUCACCACACUCUGGCAUGACUUGGGUUCUGAUACUGUGUCUGGCAGUUGUAAUAGUAAUUGUAGUCGUUGUGAUUGUGCUGCUCAUGUACAGACACAAUUGCCUCGGGACACAAGGCAAGGGGGAAUCAUCAAAUGAUGGCAUAAACACAGAGGAAAAUCAUGAAGAUCCCACUUAUGAGGAGAUACAAGAGGUAAACCAGCAGGGGUCAGGAUCAGGAGGUGCGCUGUUGUCUGUUUACGCCUGCGCCGGCAGCCCUCCUGCCGACCAGCUCCACUACGCCAGCAUCAGUUUCCAGGAGGUUUCUGUCACUGUCUCCACAGACAGAAAUGCACAUUCUGAUAAAAAUGGCUCGCUGGUGUGUGUUUACUCCUCUGUCAAUACUGAACCUUAACCGUCUUUGUAUAUGUAAAUUCGUCUGGCACAAUGUGGAGUGUAUUAUUUGUAGAUGUGCUCUGAAUAUAGGGUGUAGUCUGUAGUUUGACUCAAAAAUAUACAAACAAAUAUGCAAAAAAGUAUAACUAUAUAUAUACUAUAU